AUGACCACAACUUCACCCAAAAACGGUGAUACAUCCAACUCCCCUGACGUCAGGCCCCCACCACCCCUUGCAAGACAGACCAGAUCUGAUUUCGACCUUGAACCCAACCCAUUUGAGCAGUCCUUCUCCAGACCCUCCCAUGUCCGACAUUCCCCUCGUUCAAAACGUGAUUCACCUAGCCCAGCCUCAUCUAACAGACCAUCCUCUGCUGCCUCAAAUCAAAACUCAAAGGAUGGUAGGUCUACUUCUCCAAGACCAGUAUUACCCCCUCUCGCAGCCAUAGCAUCCCCCAGCACAGAUCAAGGUUAUGGCUGGCAGUUCUCUUCAUCUCUUGCCAAUUCUCUACGUGCUGGGCCCCUCUCUCCUGCAAUGCUGGCUGGCCCCCAGCAGGGUUCAGACUCCGCCUCCCAUAUGCCUUUUGACACCUCAUUCCGAACGGGUUUAACUCCCCGCACCGGUCUCACUCCCCGGACAGGUUUGACCCCAGGCACAGGCUUGACACCCCUCGUAGGCGGUCCUGUCUCCUUCCCCCCUCCUUCCCCAAACACCGCCGCGUUCUUGGCGCUUAUGAAUAAUAAUGCAAGCGCUAAUUCAAACGCGACUAUAACACCAAACACCCUCAGCGCAAUCACAGGUGUUCUCAACUCCUCAUCAGCCCAGUAUAGCUCUGUCACACAUGCUCCCACCACGAGUUCUCACCUAUCCACAUCCAUCACUGCCAAUCAGGAAAAUAGUGAUCCUCCUUACCUCAGCGCAUCUUCCGCCGCAAGCACCGCUGCAAAUGGCUUAUAUCUGCUUUCCCAAGCUCAUCAGGAGCUUACCAAGCGUGAAGAAGCCCAGGCACGUGCUAACAAUGUUGCAAAUGCAACAAACGGCAGGCGUGGUACAAAGCGCAAGUCCUAUGACGCUGCAAGUCCACCUCCUCAACCUGCUCCCACCGCUCGUGCCCAAUCUCAGCAGCAUACCUCUCCCGUAAAACGUGCACGGGCUAAUACUGUAACCAGUGUCAGCACAAAUGGUCGUGGUAAAGCCUCUACAGAUGAUGAAGAGGAUGACGAGGACGAGGAUGAUGACGACAUGCCACCUUCUCAGAACCCCGGGGCCCGGAAGCAAACAAAGAAGCCCGAAACAGAGGAAGAAAAGCGACGUAACUUCCUCGAACGAAAUAGACAAGCCGCCCUAAAGUGUCGACAGCGCAAAAAGGCAUGGCUUGCAUCAUUGCAGGCCAAGGUCGAGUAUCUUCAGACCGAGAACGAGCGCCUCACAUCCGCUCUCGUCUCAUCGCGCGAGGAGAUCUCGCGGUUAUCCGCCCUCGUUGGAGGCGCCGUCAUUGGACCUGGGGGACCGACUGUCGGUCCAGGUGUGGGCCCCCCACCAGUAGCCGUCAAUGGCGUGGUCACCAAUGGCCAGCCCAUCAGCAUGAACAUGAAUCUUGUUGCCAAGGGCGCGCCGGCCGCCACCUCUGGCCGCGCGAGUUAUGGGUACUAA